AUGGAGCCCGGGUCGGGCGGCCGAGGCGCAGCGCGCGGCCAGCGGCCCUCGAGCGCCGCGCAGCCCCGCGAGCAGGAGCGGAAGCUCGAGCAGGAGAAGCUGUCCGGGGUGGUGAAGAGCGUCCACCGGCGGCUCCGCAAGAAGUACCGCGAAGUGGGAGACUUUGAUAAGAUCUGGCGAGAACACUGUGAAGAUGCGGAAACACUGUGUGAAUAUGCUGUUGCAAUGAAAAACUUGGCAGAUAAUCACUGGGCAAAAACUUGUGAGGGUGAAGGUCGCAUUGAAUGGUGUUGUAGUAUAUGCAAGAGAGUAUUUCCAAAUGGUGGGAAGAGAAAAGCACUUGAGAAGAUAAAAAAGAGCGUCCUCGCCACUAAGACCCACUCCAGCCUUAAAUGUGCACGAGUCUCUAAACUUGAAGGUCGUUUAACAAACCUCAGCUUUACAAGUCCUGAAUUUAUAACUGAGUUGCUUCAAGCCUCAGAAAAGAUCAGAUUACUUGAUGUUGGCAGCUGCUUUAAUCCAUUUUUGAAGUUUGAAGAAUUUCUAACUGUUGGGAUAGAUAUUGUACCUGCUGUAGAGAGUGUCUAUAAGUGUGACUUCCUGAACCUGCAGCUUCAGCAGCCACUCCAGCUUGCACAAGAUGCUAUAGAUGCUUUCCUGAAGCAGCUGAAAAAUCCUAUUGAUUCUCUUCCUGGAGAACUAUUUCAUGUGGUUGUUUUCUCUCUCCUCCUUUCCUAUUUUCCAUCACCCUACCAGCGAUGGAUUUGCUGCAAGAAAGCCCAUGAGUUGUUAGUGCUGAAUGGCUUAUUGCUCAUCAUCACCCCCGAUUCCUCCCAUCAGAACCGGCAUGCUAUGAUGAUGAAGAGCUGGAAGAUUGCUAUAGAAUCCCUGGGCUUUAAGCGCUUCAAGUAUUCAAAAUUUUCUCAUACUCUCAUGGCUUUUAGGAAAACCUCCCUUAAGACCACAAGUGACUUGGUUAGUAGGAACUAUCCAGGGAUGUUAUAUAUUCCUCAAGAUUUCAACAGUGUAGAAGAUGAGGAGUAUUCUAGCCCUUCCUGCUAUGUCCGAUCAGAUAUAGAAGAUGAACAAUUAGCGUACGGUUUCACAGAGCUCCCUGAUGCUCCUUAUGACUCAGAUUCUGGAGAAAGUCAAGCCAGCUCUAUUCCAUUCUAUGAGCUGGAGGAUCCCAUUUUAACUUUUAAGUUAAUAUAA